GAAACGUUUGAAGGAGGCGCUUCAACAACCCGACACACCUGUUUGACAAAAUGCCUGACACACACGUCAUGGACUGAGCACACAUCAGGCAACUAUCGGCCUUAUGAUCGCAACCCACUUAAAGGAUCCAUGAGUAUCCUGAAUCACAAUGGAAUUUGCUAGUGACUUUGUCUAUGUGCCGCCAUUGCCGAUUCCAAAGGACAGUCAACGACCCAACGCCAACAUCAUCAAACGUUCAGCUCUUCUGCCGCCCGUCAACUGGGUCCGUCCUCAGAGUCCUCCCCCUCCCCCGCCUGGAAACGCCGCCGAGGUCAAGGUGGCCGAGCCACUCCCGUCGACCAACAGAAUCCCGGAACAGAAGAAGGUCGGGAAGUCCUUUUUCUUUGACAAUGUUCAGUGUGAGGACAAGCGUCUUAUCAGUGCGUCACCCCUACAGACAACAGCCCCCCCAAAGACAGCUUUGCUUCCACCCCACUUGAGAUCGUCACCAACUUCCCCGCCUCAUUCCGGCGUUUUCUACGACAACGUGGGGUCAAGUUCUUGGGAAACAGACAACACACAAAACACCCCAGAAGCCAACACGACAACACCCUCGGCCCCGCCACUUCCUCCAAAGCCCAGUUUCAUGAGGUACAUACCAGAGUACGUGUUGGUCUUACCUGCAUCCACCGCCUCUGAGAAAGAGCUUCAACCCCCACCUCUUGUCACACCACCUCCAGCAUCUGCAGACGACAAAGAACCUCUAGUGGGGAAUCCCAACGUGGUCCUUGUUAGUUUGGGAAAGUUUCUCUCAGAGGAAGUGCAGCCCACACCAGGAAACCCCACCUCCUGCUGGCAGUGUGGUGCCGUGCUGCACUCCAUGUCUGACACCCCAGCAGAGGUGAAUGGCUGUUACUUCUGCCAAGUGUCUGAGCUGAGCAGUGCCUUCAGAAGCCAACAAAGCAUCGCCGCUCCCGGUUUGCCGCAGGGCCUCUUUGUGCUGAUCCCGGAUUCAAAACUCCUGAGCGCCUCGCAGCCUCUGCUCAUCUUCUGCAUCGACAUCUCGGCCUCUAUGAGCAUCACCUCUCAGGUGUUCCCGGGGGAGCACAGAUCCCGCCUGGAGUUUGUCCAGGAGGCUGUCCUACUGUGCGUCCAGAAGCUGUGUGAAGAGCAACCUCAGACACCUGUAGGGCUCAUCUCUUUCAACUAUCAGGUGGAAGUGCAUGGGUAUGGAGAUUUCCGAUCCCGCAUCCUUAGUGGUGAAGAGUUAGUGGACCAUAACUACUUGAAAGUCGCCGCCGCCGCUUUCCCCACUCCACCUCCGUUGUCACAGACCCAGGACUUCUUGCAAGAACAAGUCACGCGACUCGCUGCAGUCGGGACCACCGCGCUUGGCCCGGCGGCUCUUGUGGCCGUCACAAUGGCCUCCAGGCAUCCAGGCUCCAAGGUGAUCAUCUGUACUGAUGGGAAAGCCAACACCAUGUUAGGCAACCUGGAAGUGGAGGACAACGAUGCGCGCACUCUUCUGUCAUCCACCAUCUUCUACCAAGAUCUGGGGGAAUUUGCUGCCAAUCAAGGUGUGACGGUGUCGGUGCUUUCUAUCGAAGGAACUGACUGCAGGCUGGAUGAGCUGGGAAGACUUGCUGAUCGCACAGGAGGGAAAGUGUUGACUGCAAGUCCCAAUAUGCUGCAUUCCGAGUUUGAGCAGAUCAUUGAGAACCGCACGAUAGCCACACACUGCACUGUCACGCUGCUGCUGCCCAAAUCGCUGCGUAUGAAAGGAGAAAAAGAGGCCGGACACAAAGCGGCCAGAAAGGUGGGAAACGUGCACUUGGAUACAGAGAUCACCUUCCAGUUUGUUGCCAAUGAAGAAGACGCAUCGGCGCCACCUUCAGGCGGUCGCGUGUCCAUCCAGCUGCAGCUCAGAUACAUUCGGCGGGACGGACAGAGCAUGCUCAGAGUAUUUACCAUGGACCGUAAUGUUACCAAUGAAAGCAUGGCAGUGCUGUCCUCGUUGUCCCUGCCCAUCAUUCAGCUCAACUCCUCGCAGGCCAGCGCCGCCCUGGCUGUCAGAGGCCGCUUCCUGGACGCCAGACGGGAAAGCGAACAACAGAUGAAGCUCAUCGAGAGAGCAAUAGAGCACAACCGUAGUUCGGAGGACAGAGAUACGUACCAAGAAUGGGUCAACACCAUGGAGCCGAUAUACAACAACAUCCACAACUUCACCAGGGCUAGGUCCGUCAUAUCCGACUCUCAGUCUCUGACAGACGCGGGUGCUGUGCUGCUGUACACCAUGAAGCACAGCAACAGGAAGACCAUCAUGAUCAAGAACAAACAGGACCUGGAGCCAACAUACAACAUUCACUUUUCCCCUAACUGGCAGAAAUCCAAAUACUGAAAGACACACGCACACACACACACACACGCACACACUCACAGCUGAAAGGCCCUGUUGCAUUCUGCUUGGUCUCUGUAGGAAUUGCUGCAUGAGCAGGGGCCUCACGUAAAGGGUUUUUCUUACUAGAAAUGGACGUAUGAUGAAAUCCAGAAAGAGGAUAUAAAUUCAGACCUAUUCAAGUGUUCGUACGCACAAAUCCAAGCACAUUUUUUUGUUGCAUCGCAAUCAACUUGAAGUCGACCGCAGACAUGUGCGUGGCUCGGCGCACCCAGACCAAGUCCCCAGAGGGAAAAUAACGCCAGAAAAUGGAUGUGUGGAUUGGUUUGAAUUAUGCCAGCAUAAUAUCACAAAGGAUAUGAAAGACUUUGACUCUUGUUCGAUUACUCAAUUUAUGAACAAAAUACAGGAGCACUUAUUGCGGUGGAAGCUGUAUAGGCGACCACCCACUGAUGCUGGCCGCCUGACACGGCCGAGGAGUCACAGGUUACCGUUUUGACGGAAAUCGAUGGCGAAAUGAUGGCCAAUAUUAAUUGAUAUUCUGUAUGUCCUCACAAAUAUUUAUAUGAAUAUGAAUCAUUAAAUGUUUUUGCGAGGCGCAGUUGGGAGAGUGGCUGUGCCAGCAACCUGAGGGUUCCUGGUUCAAUCUCCACCUUCUACCAUCCUAGUCACGUUCGUUGUGUCCUUGAGCAAGACGCUUCACCCUUGCUCCUGAUUGGUCCUGGUUAGUGCCCUGCAUGGCAGCUCCCGCCAUCAGUGUUUGAAUGUGUGUGUGAAUGGGUGAAUGUGGAAAUAGUGUCAAAGUGCUUUGAGUUCCUUAAAAAGGUAGAAAAGCGCUAAACAAGUAUAACCUAUAUUUUAACCCAAUAUUUGCGUCCUUACCUUUUUUACAUACUGUAUUUAGAAACAAAUGUGGCCAGUGUUGGGAUAGGGGUGUUUAGUCACUUUCCCCCCAGUCGCCAUAAACUGGCAGCUCAAAAACGAGUGACAUUCAUAUCUAUGGUUGACCGCUUUGUCACACUUUGUGGAUAAUUAUUCCGUCUCUUGACUUAUUGAUAUACUUGCUAAUUUCCUCUUUUGAGCUGCUCACCUUCUAUUGUAAAGCGGUUCCGGUUAGACUUUUGUUAAGGACAAUGUGGUCAUCAUUUCUUGUUUCACUCCUUCAGAUUCGAGCUACCUUCACGCUGCUAACUGUAAAUUCAAUAAAUCUGUGAAGUGACAGACACCUAAAUAUGUUCACCCUUGUUUAAUGUUCAUGUGGUUGUUACUCAGCCAGCGUCUGUGGGUCUGAUGGACCCGUUGCAUUUUUUUUUACUUUUAAUGCCUCACAGUCAUACACAUUUAUGUUAAAAUACUAAACUUAUCCCAAUAAACAUCUGUUAAUAUACUGAACAGAUGUUAACCUUAUCCCAAUAAACAUCUGUUCAGUAAUUUAACAUAAAAGUGUUUGAUUGUGAGGCAUUAAAAGCCACAAAAUGCAACGGGUCCAUCAGACCCACAAACACUAGCUGAGUAACAACAAUAUGAACGUUGCACGGAAAAUUUCUCUGCCAGUUUCUGCAUCCCACAGGGAUUCUUCUUUUGUGUUUCUGCACCUGCGGUUCCCACAAAGGUUGCAACAUUGUUUGUCAACACUGUCUGCUCUCAUUUUCUCUCACAUUUGACCCUCUGAUGUUCUGUGUACCUACACUCUGUCCUCCUUCUGUGUGUGUGUGUGUGUGUGUGUGUGUGUGUGUGUGUGUGUGUGUGUGUGUGUGUGUGUGUGUGUGUGUGUGUGUGUGUGUGUGUGUGUGUGUGUGUGUGUGUGUGUGUGUGUGUGUGUGUGUGUGUGUGUGUGUGUUACACAGAACAUCAUUUUCCACACUUCUAUUAGCCCCGGGUCCAGUGGACCCAGACAUCUUAUAUGUAAUAGAAAUGUGUAGGGGAGGUGUUUGGUGUGUGGUCAUUAAAUAUGUAUUCUGAUACAUGUUCUUCACAGAAAAUGAGCCAUGAGUUUCAGUUUGAAAAAUUAAUUAAUUGUAUCAUUUUUCUUUUAAUAAAUAAUGACAACGGGUCCCACACUU